GUCCGCGCGAAAUAUGUCGAAUACGCCCCAGAAUAUAUAUGGUAUCAAUAAUUCAGCGGACGCUUACUAUGGGACACUUUUCUCGCACUUGUCUUAUGGAAUGGGUGAGGGCAAUGGAGUAAACUCAGCUACAACCCCAAAUGCAGAAAAUGCAGCUGCGGCGGCUGCCGCUGCAGCCUUAGCAGCAGUGGCUUCUGGAAGAAACGAUUGGUCUAAUACUGAUGGUUAUAACGCUGUUUCAAACAUGAUAAAUAAUAUGCGUACACAUCCAUCAAUGGCAGCUUGCUCAAAUUCUGGGGAUUUAUCCGAGUCUUGUAAUAUUCCAUCCAGUUCUUUAUCAUCACCUUAUGCUGCAACUUUGUUGGCUGCAGUUGCUGCAGCAGCUGCUGCAGCUUAUCCACUUCCUCAGGGUGCUGCAAAUGCCGUUUCUGGCCAAACAGGUCGGUCUUUCUUACCUAAUCCCUCAAUGAAUAAUAGAGCAGCUGAUUUCACAACAAUGUACUUUGGUUCUUCCACAAGACCAUCUGUUACUAAUGCUAACCAACUUAAUGGGCUUCUUGGUAACCUACCUAAUUGGCCUUUCACUGUUCCUCCAACUCACUAUCCAAACUCUUCAUUUAUAGACAGACCUACUGGUGCAGUCGUUCCUUUUGAGGGCUGGGCUUCAAAUGGUCAACAAUUAACACUGUCACCUUGUGGUGAAAAUGAUGCAAUCAGUCACUUUAGUCAAGGUCCAUCCGAAGCAAAUAUGUCAUCUAAAGACCCACAUACAUAUUAUACAUCAUCGAAUAUGGGAGAUACUGUUUUCGCGCCACCUGCAUCCUAUUCUCAGCAACAACAACAAUGUACUACUGAAGACCCUGGUGUUUCAUUCAUCUACCAUCAUCCGAAUUCAAAAGCUGCCUAUCCGUUUUCAUCUCAAGGACCUCAGUCACAUCUUGUAAAUGGAUUACCUGGUAGUGCUGCUAAUAUGUUGGAUCCCUAUGCUUCAGUAAAUCAGUGCCAAACAAUCUCACAACAUCUGAUCGAUGAAUUCGGUCGACUAAAUGUUGGAUGUGGUGUCGAAACAGCAACUUGUAGUGAUAAUGGGCUAAAUCAGUUGCAUGUCCCGUUUUAUGAAACCUCAGUUGUUGGGAACGGAAGUAAUGUUCAGUUACAUAAUACUUCAGUGACACAAUGGUCUCAUAUGAAAGAAAGUAACGGAAUUAGUAAUAGCAUGUGUUCUAUGGAUAAGUCCGAUAAUAUAUCCAGAUCACAAUCCAAUCCAAGUACUUAUCCAGCAAGCAGGUUAUCUACUUCAGCGAGUAACAGACCUGCACCAUCAGUUAUUGCUACAUCUGUCAAUAGUUCACCACGUACUAAAACUUGGGCUAAUAUAGCAGGACAACCACCCAAAGGGUCAGCUGCAGUUAUUCAAAACUCUGUAGGAUGGUCAGCGAAAAGAUCUCAUCCUCACAAUCCAACAGCUGUUAACAGGUCUUUCCAAACUUCUACUGGGAACUAUUCAGUUGGUAGGGCUAAUUCUUUGAUGGCAAAUGCUUCGUGUAAUAAUGGGCAUUUAACACAACAAGACAGAGUUAAUACUGCGGACCAGUCAGGAAAUGUUCGUUCUUUGGCGGAAUCUAAUUCCGAGCUAAAGAGUACUUCGAAUAAUGGUAACCAUGCUGCAGAUAAUUCAACAUCCCUACUAACCUCAGAUGGAUCUGCACAAGCUUUUCAACGUGAGUCGGAAGCGCUGCACCAACGUUUGGCUAAGGUAAUUAACCCCAAUGAUUUCGACACACACAUAGAAAAGGCCAGAUUCUUUGUAAUCAAGUCAUUUUCCGAAGAUGAUAUCCAUCGUUCUAUUAAGUAUUCUAUCUGGUGUUCAACAGAACUAGGCAACAAGAAGCUUGACACAGCGUUUGCUGAGGCCAAUCAUGCCUAUCCAAUAUAUUUAUUUUUUUCAGUCAAUGGAUCUGGACAUUUUUGUGGGAUGGCUGAAAUGGUUUCUCGUGUUGACUAUAAUGCUAGAGCUAGUGUUUGGGCUCAAGAUAAAUGGCAAGGUAAAUUUUCGGUUCGAUGGAUAUUUGUAAAAGAUGUUCCUAAUACGGCAUUGAGACAUAUUCGCAUUGAGACAAAUGAUAAUAAACCAGUAACUCACUCUCGCGACACUACAGAACUUCCUUUAGAACGAGGUAAACAAGUAAUGGAAGUACUUGCCACAUAUUCACAUACAUUGUCUAUUUUCGACGAUUUCUUUUAUUAUGAUCAACGAGAAAGACAAGAGGUAAGUUAGAUUAUUUUUAUCAGUAAGUUACUUCACCCAAGAAAUUCUUACUUGCUAUAUUUUUAUAACCUUAUCUCUGUUUAUAACAAAUGUUUUUUGUGCAACUACUGGUUUUCUAAAAAUAUCGCAGCUUUAAGCUCGACUAGAUGAAUAAAUAAUUAAUCCGAAUUCUUCCAGGGACAGAUAAUGUUUCACUAGGUUGCUAAAAUGAUCGUGAUCUUGACUUAACAUAUUUAUCUUUGAAAUAUCAGAAGUGUGUCGAUCAUCCCUAAUUCACUAGAGUUAAUGUUGGAAUUUUUAGACCAUUUUCUUUCAUCCAUUACAUACAUAGUCAUGUUCUAGAGCUUCGUACGUGAAAUUUUACUUGGUCAUACUACGUUGUGGGAAAUGGACGGAAACGACUUUUAACAAAAACCAAGUAAUUUAGUCUCCGAACUAAACCGUUUAGAGUUCUCGACUACCGGCCCACUGUUUAUCAUAAUGUAUCUGUUAAAGAAAUCACAAAAAGUUAUCUCAAAGUUUUCAUUGUAAGUCUGUUUACAUGGUUAUAAGCUCCGGUUUGGAUUAGUGAAUCACCAUUUGCCACUGCCUCAUCGCGGCAGGGGGGUGUUUACGAAAUUCAGAAGACGAAAAGCGAGUGUCCGGCGCUUUAACCUGGUCGGUAGACACAAAGAGUCCAUAUAGAUGAGUUGGAAAACCCUUAUUCCAAAACAAUAGUACACAUGGGCUCCAGGAUCCUAAGGAAACAAAUAGCGUAUGAACCAAUUUUUGGUCACCGGUUGGCCAUAGGACUGCAUCUCCUGACGUUGCUCUAUUGCCUUGUGGAUCAGACCUUUAAAUCAAAGACUCGGGGUGUGGCCUCCUGAGAAAAUCACCUCCAGUCUGGACACCCGGGGAGUAUCCCAGCCCUCACAUAUAUUGAAUGAUUUAUGUGGUGCAUAUCUGCUUGGUGCCUCCUUGUACCAAUCUUUAUUUGUUUAAAUAAAUGAAUAUGCUUUUAACUUAGGUUCGUCUAUAUUCAGUCAUAUCCCUAUUGUUUAAAAUAUUUUUGUUAAUUCAUUCUCUUCUCAUGGUUGUGUUUCCUUAGAAUUCUUUGGUGUAUUGCCGUGUCGUGACUAAACUAUCAAUCGAAUGUUCUCUGUGAGCUCAUAAAUGAAAAGCUUAUCACUCAGUUUAGACGAGAAUAUUCAUUUCAUAAUUGAGUGCUUAUGUAAGCCGUGACACCCUAAUCUCCACAUUGCAGUCAAAAAAAUGUAAAAAAAACAUUUUACCGAAAGCUUUAUCUUGAGAAAUGUUUGUACUGGAUCUUAUAAUAAGGGAAGCAACAAUCUCAACGUGGUUUUUGAAGGCGAGUAUUUCCACAAUCUAAGUCAAACGUUAGCAAUCAAAUAUUAAUGAUAAGUUUUGAUAACCAUCUAUUUUAUCACUGAAAAAAACACAAAACACUAUGAGUGUUCAAAAAUACUCCGUGUUGUUAUAUUGGUGUUUAUAACACUACUGGGGAGGCCUACAUCAGCAUAGCUAACUCAUCUUGAGAACAUCUCAAAUACUGUGACUCGAAACUCUUGGGUACAUAAGGUUUCAAAAUAUUUUCAGGAUGUUUAUAUAUAUAUAUAGGAAUUGUAAAGUAAAUAUCUGUGUUUAGAUUUUAAAAAGAUUACUGAUGUUUUAAAUAUAUGCCAUGCUAACUGAACACUGAAUUUUCGCAUACCAUUCAGUCUUCUAAUAAGUGUUUUUAAAAAUUCUUUAACAGGGAUUUCGUCGUAAAGAAUUCAAUACGCGAAGAGGUUGAUUUACGGACAAUAAAUUAGUUUGAAUGAAUCUCAUCAAAUGUUGAUUGCUAUUACACUUGUGUAACAAAAUUGGACUUUUACGCUCAUUUUAUGAUAAGAAAUGAAUGAUCUGGACAUUUCUUCCUCUAUCUUCCCCCGUAGUUCUCAGUUAGAGGCUGUUUUUAGAUGAUCUAAAAGCAAAAUUGUUUAGGUUUUCUCUCUUCUGCUACUUCGUUUUUUUUAGAAAAAAAUAUACAAACCGAAACCAAACUUUACUGUGAAAUCUUUUUUCCUACUUUAUCAUGUUAUAUACAGCCUCAGGUUAUAUAGCUUAUAAAAUUUACUUCCUUACUCUAACAAACUCUGUCUCAAGUUGUUUGGUCAAGUAGACAUUUAUGGAAAGAGGGAACACAGUAACACAAAUUGAACUAUUAAACAUGAGACAAGAAUAAUUCAAUGUAUAUCUCUUUUACUUAAAUACAGAUAAUCAUGUUAUAAUAUUAACAGUUUGGUAUUUCACAAGCUGAAAUUAAAAGUUACUUUGAUGUACUAGUUUUCUUGCUACAUUCAUUACUAUCCUUUAGAAUGUCUGGAAGAUUAUUAUUUAAAUAAAUAUUCAUUGGUAGAGGUACGUAGAAUACAUAAUUAAUCUGGGUCCCCGUUUUUAUUUACUUACCCACUUAAAAUUUACUUUUACUGCCAACUGACAAAACAAGACAGACACUUUUUGAACGUGAAUCUUUUCUGAAGAACUGUUUUUUUUUACUUCUCUUCUGUAAUGUAUAUUUCUUUUCAUCAAGUAAUUAACAAUUGUUCCACUUAUUUUUUUUGUCACAUAUAUACAUCAUAUGAGUAGUUGCCAUUUCUUCAGAUAUAUAAUGAUAUUAGUAACACUAUAUCAAUGACAAUGCCCAUUUACUUACAUAUAUAGGGAAAUCCUUUACUUUUUUCCACACUUCAUUAAAUCAUAUAUAUAUAUAUAUAUUUACUGACC